GUUAAGAGGGUGACAACACAAAAGAUGAUCUUUGCACUCUGUCUGACAUUUCCACUUCUGAUGGAGAUGGCUGCAGCUCAAUCUUCAUCCAUGCGCCUUGUUUCAGCCAACGUAGGAGAAACAGUGAUUUUACGGUGUUUCCAAGACAAUUUGGCACAGCACUUCCUGUGGUACAAGCAAACCUUGGGAGAUAAACCUAAAAUAUUAUCAUCCUGCUAUUCGUAUGCUAAUAAUCCUGAGUUCCACAAUGAAUUCAAAGACCGCUCUCGCUUUUCAGUUCUUUGUGGAACAGGAAUUAAUCACCUAAAUAUCUCAGAUAUACAGCUCUCAGAUUCAGCAUCGUACUACUGUGGAAGUUCUCAUACCAAUGAGUUGAAUUUUCUAGUAGGAGCCAUUCUUGUUGUUAAAGGUUCUGAGUCCAGAAACACACCUGUUGUACAACAGCCUGUGUCUGAAUCAGUCCAUCCAGGAGACUCAGUUACUCUCAACUGUACAAUAAACACUGAGACCUGUGGAGGAGAACACAGUGUCUAUUGGUUCAGACAUGACUCAGGAGAAUCUCCUCCAGGAAUCAUUUAUACCAAUGGAGACAGGAGUGGUCAGUGUAUGAAGAGCCCUGAGUCUGGGUCUCCUACACAGAGCUGUGUCUACAACCUCCCCAAGAGGAACCUCAGCCUCUCUGAUACUGGGACUUACUACUGUGCUGUGGCCUCAUGUGGAGAGAUACUGUUUGGAAAUGGGACCAAGCUGGAUGUUGGAGGCAAUUACACUGAACCUGUUCUCUCUGUGUACUGUCUGGGAGUAGCAUUGGGCGUCUCAAUCAUCCUGAUCAUUGUACUUAUUUGCAUUAUUUACAAGAUGAAUUUGAUGACGUGUCAGCAGUGCAGAGGACUUGACUCGCAGACAAGAGGUCCUACAGUUUCCCGGUCAGAUAUAAGGAACCAGGAUGCAGACAAUAUUCAUUAUGUUGCUUUGAAUCUGAACAAGAAAAGGUCUUCAAGACAGAGAAGUAACAUGCAGGAAGAGACGGUGGUCGUAUACGCGGGAAUGGCUCUAGAUAAGGAGUCUGCAGCCUUCAAGUACCUUCAAGACUUCUUCCGUAAGCCAUUUGAGGCAAAGGUCAAAGCCGGUGUCUUUGUCAGACCACAGAUAAAGAAGAUCCUGGAGUGCAAUGAAUUAUCCAAGAAGCUCACUAACUUUAGCUCAGAAUUCAAUACGGCCAUCCCCUCUAGGCUGGUCAGCAAACUCCAUGACCUAAGAAUCAGCCCCUUUCUCUACAACUGGACGUUGGACUUCCUAACCAACAGACCACAGUCUGUCAGGAUAGACAACUUCACCUCAUCCACCCUGAUCCUGGACACGGGUGCUCCACAAGGCUGUGUGCUAAGCCCUCUCCUGAACUCCCUAUUCACCUACAACUGCAUUCCUGAUGGGCGUUUUAAUGUAACGCUUAAAGAAGGAACCUCUCACUUGAAAGUAUCUUCUACCAAGCCAGAGGACGCUGGAAUCUACUAUUGUGGAGUCGUACAAUUGAACUAUAUAGAGUUUGGACCAGGGACACUUUUGGUGCUUAAGGGUGAGCAACUAUGUAGACAGCAGCCAGUGUCUGAUUCAGUCCAUCCAGGCGACUCUGUGACUCUGAACUGUACAAUAAACACUGAGACCUGUGAAGGAGAACACAGUGUCUAUUGGUUCAGACAUGACUCAGGAGAAUCUCCUCCAGGAAUCAUUUAUACCAAUGGAGACAGGAGUGGUCAGUGUAUGAAGAGCCCUGAGUCUGGGUCUCCUACACAGAGCUGUGUCUACAACCUCCCCAAGAGGAACCUCAGCCUCUCUGAUACUGGGACUUACUACUGUGCUGUGGCUUCAUGUGGAGAGAUACUGUUUGGAAAUGGGACAAAGCUGAAUGUUCAAGUCCCAGAACAUGAUUAUCCUUUUGAUCUGAGUCCUACUGUUCUUGUCUUGAUACUGUCCAACAUUCUUCUGAGUCUGGUGACCCUUCUGCUCCUCUGGAUGUUAUGCAACACUCAGAGAGGAGAUCACAGAGGGAAGACGUGUGACCCAACAUUGCAGGGGAAUCAGAACCAGAACAGUGAUGUAUUAAACUAUGCAGCAGUGAGAUUCAAUCCCAAGAAGAGCUCCUCUGCCAGACGAGUAAAAGACAAGACCGUUAGAAGAGAUGCAGUGUACUCUGAGGUCAGGUACCUGCAGCAGGAAUGA